CUAUGGAAGAAUUAUGUUAUUAUUUAAUUUUAUGUAUGCAAAUAACGGAAGAAGAAUAUGAUUCUUGGUCAAAAAAUGUUUCACGUUAUGUUGAAGAUGAAAGUGAUGAUUCGUUUUCACAUUCGGUCAGAUUAUCUGCUUUAGAAUUACUUUUGUCGAUUACAAAUGAAUUUAAAAAAGAAGCAGGAAUUGGACUAUGGAAAGCUGUACAUCGUCAUUUAUCUCAUGCCGAAGCUUUAAAAUCUCAUAAUUCAUCUCGAUGGUGGAAAUUACACGAAGCUUGUUUGUUAGCAAUGGGUCGAUGUAAACAAUUAUUAAAUGAUAUGUUAGUUACUGGAUAUGUUAAAAUCGAUCUUGAUUCAUUUGUUCGACAAGUACCAUUAGCUGAUCUAUCUCAAUUUGAUUAUCCAUAUCUUAUAUGUCAAGCAGCAUUAUUUGCUGGACGUUUCUCACGUUCUUUAAGUGCAGAAGUUAAUCGAAUUUUUUUGGAUGGAAUUUGUCAAUUAUUAGAACAUGCACAACAUCCAAUUAUUAAUUUAUCAUCAUUACGAGCAUUUUAUUAUUAUUGUGAAGAAGUGGGUGUUGAUCAAACAAAUGAUAUUAUUCAAUAUCUUCCACGAAUAUUCGAAGGUAUACUUACUACAAUGAGUCGUAUACCACAAUCAGCAUUUAUAUGGCCAUUAGAAUCAUUAGCUAUAUUAAUUAGUGUUGAUGAAAAUUUUGUAUCAACAAUUGAAAAUCGUUUAUCACCGUUGGCUAUUGAACUUUUUGUUAACUAUAUACAAGAUCCAUUAAUUAAUGGAGAAACAACAGCAAUUAUCAAAGGUCUUGUUCAUAAUAAUAAAGUAUCCAAUUCAAUUCAAGAAAGACUUAUUCCAUUAGUACAAUCAAUAGUUGAGAGUAAUCAUUCUGUUUCAUCAACAUUACCACGUAUAGCGCCAAGUCUUGCAUUUUCCGUCCUUGAUCUUUUAACAACUGUUCUUCGUUCAUUAAAUCCUCCAAUUAAUUCCAAUUUAUUAAAUCAAACAUUUCCUGUUGUUAUUCAUUUACUUUUAACAAGUGAUGAUCAACAAAUAUUAAUCAAUGGUGGUGAAUGUUUAUGUGCAUUUUUAUCAUGUGUAUCAGUAAAUUUAUUCUCAUGGACUGAUCCAAAAUCAAAUACAUCAAGUAUUGAAUAUAUUUUACAAAUACUUGCAAAAUUUCUUGAUCCAAAAACACCGGAAAAUUGUUGUACUUUUAUUGGAAAAUUAAUUCGAGCUUUUAUUAGAGAAAUUAAUAAAACAAAUCAACCAAGUUUACUUGGUGAUACAUUAGGACAAAUACUUAAAGCUGUAUUAGCUAAACUUCAAAGUUCACAAGUAUUGAGUGUACAACAAAGUUUAAUCGUUGUAUUUGCCCAUUUAAUUCAAAAUAAUCUUAAUGAUGUUGUUAAUUUUCUUACAUCAACUCCAGGACCACAAGGAAGUAGUGCAUUUGAUUUUGUUAUGUAUGAAUGGGUUAUUAAACAACAUCUUUUCUCUGGUCCAUACGACAUUAAAGUCAGUAUUAUUGCAUUAACUGGUUUAUUGGAAUAUGCUAUGACAAAUAAUGAUGUUCGUUUUCAAACAUUAAUUGUUCCAGGUGAUCAAAUAAUAUAUCAUCAAGCAGGUCAAUCGAUAUCUCAUCGUACACGUUCAAAAACGUCUAAACAACCAGAACAAUGGACACGUGUACCGUUAGUUGUAAAAUUAUUUAAAAUUCUUGUACUUGAAUUACAAAAUCAAAUCAAUACACGUAAAGAACUUGAAGAAGAUAUGAAUUUUAAUGAUGAUGAUGAUGACGAAGAAGAAGAGGAUGGUAAUGAUGAUAAUGAAGAUAUUAAUGAUGAUAAACCUGGAGAUAAUGAAUUAAAAGAAUCAAGUUCAUUAAAAUCAACUGAUGAAGAGACAACAAAAUAUUUAGAACGUUAUGAUAAUUUACUUGAUGAUGUAUUUGAUUUUGAAUUCUUCCAAGAAAAAGAUCCCGAUGCAUUUAAUGAUCCAAUAAUGCAAGUUGAUUUACUUGAUUAUUUAAAAGAACGUUUACGUUUAUUUGCAACACAUGCAUGGUUUGCAAUAUUUCAACAACAUUUAAAUGUUAUUGAACGUAAUGCAUUACAAAAAAUUGCUAUACUUCAAUGA